UUUGUUUACAUUUCAUCCCGGUUCGAGGUUUGCUUCUUCUGUUGAUACAUUUCACAUCGCGCGCUGCAGCUGUGUUGCGUUUAAUACCACGUGAAAUAAUGCACAAAUAAUCAUUAUUGUAUAGUAUAUACGUGAAUAAUUAAUAAUCCCGGUUAAAAUGGUGCGCAAACUGAAAUUCCACGAGCAGAAGCUGCUCAAGAAGGUGGACUUUUUCAACUGGAAGGAAACGAACAGUCUGCAGGAGGCGAAGGUGAUGCGCAAGUAUCACCUACAGAAGCGGGAAGAUUACACCGCGUACAACAAGGUGUCCCGGAACGUUCGGGAGCUGGCACGGAAGAUUGCCGACAUCGAUCCGAAGCACCCGUUCCGGACGGAGAUGAGUGCGCUGCUGCUGGAGAAGCUGUACGUGAUGGGUGUGAUACCGACCAAGUGGGAUCUGGAGAAUGCAAACAACAUCAGCGCGUCGUCCUUCUGCCGUCGCCGUCUGCCGCUCGUGCUGGUGCGGAACAAGAUGUCGGAAAAUGUGUCGCACGCGACGAAAAUGAUCGAGCACGGUCAUGUGCGGGUCGGGGUGGAGGUUGUCAAGGAUCCUGCCUUUCUGGUGCCGCGCACGCUGGAAGAUUUCGUCACCUGGGUGGAUGGUUCCGCCAUCCAGAAGCAUCUGAUGGAGUAUAACGAUAUGAGGGAUGAUUUUGAGAUGUAAAUAAAUAGGAUCGAUUGGUUUUGUGUAAGUAA